CGCGCUAGUCUUGCCUCAACGUGCGUUUAUUUAGGUCCAAAACAUUCGGGGAAGCAACUUUGUGUGGAUUUUAUCAUCCAUUCCCCAUCGAUUAAAGGAAUUUGCAAAUUAUUUUAAUGAUGCAGAGUAUUGCCCAGUUGUUACAAGCUGCAGAUUUCAUUGAAAGAAGAGAAAGAGAAGCCGAACAUGGCUAUGCAUCCACUUUACCUAUGCCAGAUACGUAUUCCAAAAAGAGGACGAAAGGAAAGAAAGGACAAGGAAAUAGGUCAUCACAUAACGAAUUGGAGAAAAAUAGAAGAGCUCAGCUGAGAAAUUGUUUAGAACAAUUAAAGUCAAUAGUACCAUUAGGUCAAGAUACCUCACGUCAUACCACAUUAGGUCUUUUAACUAAAGCAAAAGGCUUUAUCAAGCUGUUGGAAGAUAAAGAACGAAAGCAAGCAUGCCAAAAAGAAAACUUACGCAGGGAGAGACGCCAUUUACAGCGUAAAUUGGAAACCCUUACUGCUGGCCAGUAUCGGGUUAGACAGGAGCGUAGUAUUAGUGAAUGUAGCACUUCAACCAACUCCACAAGUACCUCAACAUCAGAAUCUGAUGAAGUAGAUAUUUUGGGCUAUAAUAGCUCUCCUAGUGAUACCGAUGAUCAUAGCAGCAUUCUCAGUGGUGGCAGUGAUGGCUGUGGUUUAGACAACAAUUUAACUUAUAUGGAAGAUUCAAAUAGUUCUGAUGUUCUCUGAUAUGAGUUCUAUACAUCCCAUCAUUGUAUUAAUGCUUCCUAGCAUUAUGAUGGAUGUCGUAAUGGUGAUAAAAAUAUAAAAACUAAAACUUACAAAAAAAACAUAAAAUACUUAGAAAUGAAUUGAAAAAAAGUCAGAUCUGUUGAAAGAGGAGGAGUAUAAAGAUGAUAUGUACAUGGAGACAAUAUGUUCUAUUAAUCCAAAGUUUUAACUUCUGCCAAUCUUUCUGAUGGAGUUGAUGCCGUAUUUGUUGCCAUGUGAUACUGGUUAAUAUAGGAAUAGUUCUGACAGCUCACUAGUUUUAGACUCUAGACUGUAUUUGUCUGGUUGUCUGGUAGAUGAGAUGAAAUUCAUAACGAUGUUGUUGGCAGCCAAUGGUUAUACAGAAUUCUUUUAUUUUUAUGUUGUGUUUUUGCCAGGAGUUGGCAGUCAUGUGACAAGAUGUCUAGGAAAAAAGACUACUAAAUAUAGUCCAGAGUGACUGAGGUUUAAAAAGAUAGUGUACAUGGAAUAUUAAUUCUGUUAUUACCAUUGACAUACUAGGCAUAUCAAGUGAAAAAUAGACAUUGGUUUUCAGCCAAGAAGGAAAAGUGAACAUAAGUCAAAAGGUGGUUAACCUUGAAUGCCUAGUAUUUCACUGGUUAUAUUCUUUAUUUAUUUAUGAUAUCCUUCCAACUAUAUCUAGUAAUAUUAUAUAACCAGUCCAGUGAUUAUUGCACGCCUUAUGGGGAAUAUAACAUCAUAGUAACCAGUUACUGUUGAUAUGUAUAAAACCAUAGGUAUCUUGAGGUAGCUAUUAUAUAUAUUUAUAUUGAAACGAUAAGUAACAAAAAACCGAGCCUAAUCAAUUCAUGUUGAUAUGUAAAUAGAUACUUACUCAACAAGUCAUUCUAUGAAAUUUUGCUGAUCAUUUAUAUUUCAUCUGCUAACUGUCUUAUUUUUCUUGUGGGAGUCUAUAUUGAUUCUUAGUGACAUUGACUGAGACAGUAUAUCUGAAGAUUGUCCAAAACUUUAAGAUGGUUGAUUUAUCUAUUAUUACAAUGAUAUAGAAGUAAUAAGGUUCUAGUAUAUAUUUUUGGUUGAAGAGAGUGUUUUGAUUCUGUUGAAACUUAGUGCUGCUGUAGAACUCAUUCUUAAUUUCAAUUCAUGUAAAAUUAUCUCUUAGAAUAUUCACUAUUCUUAGAUAAGAAUUGAUAUGAAGUUGACUUUGACCUAUUUUAUAUGUGCAAUGAAUCUAUUGUGAAAGAAAUGUGAUAUAAUGUGGAUAACGGAUUAAGAUCAAAUAUUUUGUUCAACAUGUGCCAAUUGUCAGUUGUAAUAAUCUGAUGAUAAUUUGUUCAGGAUCUGAUAAUAUAAUAAUAUUUAGCAAUAUUUCUAUAACAUAUCUUUAUUCUUCUUACUCUCUACUCUUUCAGUCAAUACUGCUAAAAACUUUCUUUCCUUAUUUAUUAUAGCACCUUUUCAUUUGAAAUCUAGUUUGUAAGAUAAUACACAAAACAUAAUUUAAAGAUAUUUUGUUUAUUGACUUUGGUCUAUAAAUUAAGUAAUAAUAUAUUGUUAUUUGAUAAAUCUUUUAAAGAUUUAAUUUUAGUUUAGUAGCAAAUCUUAAACAUUCAUGUACUUAAUUAUUUAACUAAAACAAUCUUACUGCAUGCUUAAUAUUGUCCAAUUUGUUUUCUUGUUAAAUUUUCCUUUUAAAUUCUUUAUUUUUCUCUAUCUAUUUAUAUUUGAAGAAAUUCAAACAUGUUUUUAACCCAAUUUUUAGAAUGAAUCAUAUAUUUGGUGUUUUUAAGAAGAAAUUUUAAAGAUUUUGAAAAAGACCAGUAUUGGUGAUCAUCUAAUGUAAUGUUAUUAGAACAGGGUAUAUUAUUCUCUAUAUUAUACCUUUCUCUUUGUUUUUAUUUAUUUAUUCCAGAAUUUUAGUUGAGAUUAUUAAAAGAAAUAUAAUGAAUUAUAGGGCAAAUAUGACCACCUCAAAACAUUUCCAUCAAGAUGUUUUAAAAAUAAAGAGCGCACUAAACAAUACAUGGUGCUAUUAUUUAAGAUCAAAUAAUAUCUAGUAUAGUCUGUGAUACCACCAACCUUGUCCUACUGUAGUUUUCAGGAGUAUAAAAGAUACACAAUAAAAUGUGCCUACUUCAUUCUCUAUCUUGAGUUUGAUGUAGUUUGUAUUAUAUCUAUUACUCCCGGUUUCCUAUAGCUUUGAGGUUAAAGGUUACCAUUAACUCUCAAGUGCUAAGUUAGAAAAAAAAAACAUGGUCAAAUCGUUAGAUCAUGACUUGUUGUCAUUAUUAUUAUUUUAAUAUUAUUAUUUUGUGGGAAUUCCAUGUACACGUGGCAAGCGAUGCUGUAAGAUUAUUUGUUAUUAUUGUAUGUUAAAAACUGAGUUUUGUUAGAGAGUAUGAGGUUGUUAUCAACAAUACAACUCAGUAUAUUUUAACAUUUUAUUGUUGUUGUAUCUAUUACCAGUAGGAUUCCACUGGUCUAUUGUAGAAACCUAGACAUUUGUGUACAUAUGACAAAUUAAUUUUAUUUGUUCAAACUUCUCAUUUUGAGGAAUAAAAUGAUCAUUAUAAAAUGACAUUUG